AAAUGAGCAUGAUUUUGGCUUGGAUUCUAACUUUGAACUAUCUGCAUCUGCAAUUGAUCAAAUCACCGCUAUUACACAACAAGCAACAUAUAAGCAGUCAUCUCAUGAUGUUAAAAAGUCGGGUCCUGCUCCGCUGCCAUCAGGAAUCCCUGUACAGACACGAGCAGAUGUUGUUAUUGAGUCUAAUACUGCUCCACAGGCAUGUCGGGUUGAUGGUGUUGGUCAAGUGGAUGUUGGUGGAAGUAAUGUGAAUUUGCCUUCUGGUAAUGUCUUCUAUAUAUAACUUUUCAUUCUUUUUUUCUAAAUUUCUUAACUUUGUAUAUUUAUUUAUUCACUAGCAUUUUCUAAUUUAAGCUCCAUGUCGACACGGGGGUGAUCUUCACUUGGAUUCUGAUUUUGAAUAUACUGAUUCUCAACUUGAUCUAAUUGCUGCCAUUACACAAGGAGGGAGACGUAAUGUAAAUCAAUCUGGAAAUGAUCUGACAACUCGUGCUGUAAAUAAGUCUAAACCUGAUCAGUCGGUAUCAAGAAAUAUUGUUCAGAUACAAACAGAUGUUGAAACUACUCCUGCAGUUUUAACACGGAAAAGGCGCCCCGCAGCUGUAAAACAGUCACCGUAUAGGAAUGACUGGCAAUCUGGUGUUAGUGCAGUUGGGGGAUCCUCGAAGGUUAUCAAAGGAAGAUUUCCAUUUGUAAAUGACAUUUCAGAGACGGUUGAUUUUAAGCUUACGACUGCAUUCUCAAACUUUGUUGAAGCAAAUAUGCAAUUGGGAGAGGAAGUGUAUUUACCUGGUGAUCAAAAGCUAGAGCCUUGUUUUGACUUUGAAGUUGAACAGAUUGAUGAUAAGACGUUUUUCCAUACCUUAAACUAUUCUGGCAGGCCGCUCUCUAGUUCGCACUUGAAUAUUAUAUUCUACUAUCUUAGGAAGAAGGCGAAAUAUGGAAUUAAUAUGCCAAUCAAAGUCACAACUACAGAUACUCUUUUUAAUAAUAUCAUUCAAAGGGUUUUCACAGAAUUUGUAAAAGGUGGGAAACAAGAUCAUUUGAUUGAUAGAUCAGACGAUAUCAUGGAGUACAUGAAAGGAUUUAGGAUGCAUUGCAACACUCCAUGGCACCAGGUUGAUCAUGUCAUUUUUCCAAUUAAUUUGGCAGAAAUUUGGCAUUGGAUAUUGGGGUGUGUGUCAUUCCACAAGAGAUGUUUUUACGUAUAUGACUCGCUACGUAGUCGAAAGCACAAAAAAGCUAUUCAAAAAGUGGCAGAGGCUUAUGCUGUGUUGAUCCCCCUAUUUCUAGUUAGUAUUGAAUUUUAUAACCAAAGAAGUGACAUUGUAGUAGAAAAUGGUCUGCACAUGGGAAAGAAGUUGACUGAUCCUUUUGAGAUUGAACUGAUUACAAAUCUGCCAACACAGCAAAAUUCAGAUUGUGGAGUAUAUGUUGCUUGCUUUGCUGAGUAUAUUAUUGAAGAUCUUCCAAUCCCUGUUGCCAAUUUUGAUGUGGAUGGUCUUCGAGCUAGGUUUGGUAUACUGUUGUGGCACUAUGGGAGGAACAAGCAGUUGCAUGGCGAAUCAAGUGAAUCUGAGGCUCCAGUAGCACCUAAAAAGACUCGUGGAAAGAAACGCAAGAAGUAGUAUAGGUCUCUUUUUGGUUUUAGUUAAUCGUAUCAUGAAAACUUUGCAGGAUUUUAAUAGUUUUUGGUG